AUGCCAACGAAUGGGAUCCACCAGGUGCUGAAGAUCCAGUUCGGGUUGAUCAACUGCGAGAGCCGCUACCUGACGGCGGAGAGCUUCGGCUACAAGGUGAACGCCUCGGCGCCCAGCCUCAAGCGCAAGCAGAUCUGGACGCUGGAGCAGGAUGAAGCCGACAGCUCCAUCGUCUUCCUCAAGAGCCACCUGGGCCGCUACCUGGGCGCCGACAAGGACGGCAAGGUGCGCUGCGAGGCGGAGCAGCCGGGCCGGGACGAAGGCUUCAGCAUCAUCACGCAGUCGGACGGGCGCUGGGCGCUGCAGUCGGCCCCGCACCGGCGCUUCUUCGGCGGCCGCGAGGACCGGCUGUCCUGCUUCGCCCCCAGCGUGACUGAGGGCGAGCUCUGGACCGUGCACCUGGCCAUGCACCCCCAGGCCAACCUGCUGAGCGUCAGCCGCCGCCGCUACGCCCACCUGAGCGCCCACGAGGACGAGAUCGCCACCGACAGCAACCUGCCCUGGGGGGUGGACGCGCUCAUCACGCUCUGCUUCCAGGACAAGAAGUACAGCCUGCGCACGGCCGACGAGCGCUACCUGCGCUGCGACGGCACCCUGGUGCCCGAGCCCGGCGCCGGCACCGGCUACACCCUCGAGUUCAAGGCGGGCAAGUUGGCGUUUAAGGACUGCGACGGGAAGUACCUGGCGCCCACCGGACCCACUGGCACCCUCAAAUCCGGCCGCAGCUCCAAGCCGGGCAAAGAUGAACUCUUUGACCUGGAGGAGAGUCACCCCCAGGUGGUGUUCACGGCGGCCAAUGGCAGAUAUGUCUCCAUCCGGCAGGGUGUGAAUGUCUCAGCAAACCAGGAUGAGGAGCUGAACCACGAGACCUUCCAGCUGCAGAUCGACCGUGACACCAACAAGUGCAGCCUCCACACCAACACCGGCAGCUACUGGACCCUGGUGGCCCACGGGGGCAUCCAAGCCGUGGCCACUGAAAUCGCUGCCAACACCAUGUUUGACAUCGAGUGGCGCGGGCGGCGCGUGGCCCUGCGUGCCAGCAACGGCCGCUACGUCUGCACCAAGAGGAACGGGCAGCUGGCGGCCGUCAGCGACACCGUGGGGGAGGACGAGGAGUUCACUCUGAAGCUGAUCAACCGGCCCAUGCUGGUGCUGCGGGGGGAGCACGGCUUCGUCUGCUACCACCGGGGCUCCAACCUGCUCGACUCCAACCGCUCCGUCUACGACGUCUUCCACAUCAGCUUCAGCGACGGCGCCUACCAGAUCCAAGGCCAGGGGGGCAAGUACUGGUACGUGGCGAGCAGCGGCUCGGUGUGCAGCGACGGGGAGCUCUCCGAGGAUUUCUUCUUCGAGUUCCGGGAGCGGGGCCGCGUGGCCAUCAAAGGGAAGAACGGGCGGUACCUGCGCGGGGACCCCGCGGGGACCCUGCGUGCCGACAGCGAGUCCGUGCUGCGGGCCACGCUCUGGGAGUACUGA